CCCUGCAGUGCUACUGCCAGCGCUGUCUCAAUUCCACGUGCACCACGGACGGCCUGUGCUUCGUGACGGUCAUGAAGUCCGGCAGCCGGCUCACCGCCGAGCGCAGCAUGUGCGUGCACGAGAGCGAGCUGAUCCCGCGCGACCGCCCCUUCAUCUGCGCGCCCUCCGCCAAGGACGACACGGGCAUCUACCCGUUGUGCUGCGUCACCGACUGGUGCAACAAGAACCCCGACCUCAGCGUCUUCCCAGGUACGUCCCCGUCUGUCUCACUGUCAGUCAGUCCCUUCCCUCAUGGGUGCAUCUCAAUAGAGCAGAGUGCUAUCCCCUAAUAAGUACACAUCUGAUAGCAAACUUAGUGCAGUUAGCCAGCCCCAAUACAAACGUAGUGCAGUUAGCCAGCCCCAAUACAAACGUAGUGCAGUUAGCCAGCCCCAAUACAAACGUAGUGCAGUUAGCCAGCCCCAAUACAAACGUAGUGCAGUUAGCCAGCCCCAAUACAAACGUAGUGCAGUUAGCCAUCCCCAAUAUAAACUUAGUGCAGUUAGCCAGCCCCAAUACAAACGUAGUGCAGUUAGCCAGCCCCAAUACAAACGUAGUGCAGUUAGCCAGCCCCAAUACAAACGUAGUGCAGUUAGCCAUCCCCAAUAUAAACUUAGUGCAGUUAGCCAGCCCCAAUACAAACGUAGUGCAGUUAGCCAUCCCCAAUACAAACGUAGUGCAGUUAGCCAGCCCCAAUACAAACGUAGUGCAGUUAGCCAGCCCCAAUACAAACGUAGUGCAGUUAGCCAUCCCCAAUAUAAACUUAGUGCAGUUAGCCAGCCCCAAUACAAACGUAGUGCAGUUAGCCAGCCCCAAUACAAACGUAGUGCAGUUAGCCAGCCCCAAUACAAACGUAGUGCAGUUAGCCAGCCCCAAUACAAACGUAGUGCAGUUAGCCAGCCCCAAUACAAACUUAGUGCAGUUAGCCAGCCCCAAUACAAACUUAGUGCAGUUAGCCGUUGUUUUUUUUAUUGUGGUCCAGCUAAAUUGUUGCAGUUAUCAGGAGUGGACUGCCAUCUGUGGCAAUUCAACGAGGAUAGAAAACAGAUUUAGAUUGGAUUCAUAUUCAUUGCACUUUGAGAGUAGUUUGAGUGAGGUGCUGUGUGCUUACCUAACAUUUUACAAUUUAGUCAUUUAGCAGACGCUCUUUUCCAGAGCGAUAAGAACGUCUGCUAAAUGAUUAGGGUUAAGUGCCUUGCUCAAGGGCACAUCGACAGAUUUUUCACCUAGUCGGCUCGGGGAUUAGAACCAGCGACCUUUCGCUUACUGGCACAACGCUCUUAACCACUAAGCUACCUACCGACUAACGGCUCCAUUACUGGACUUAUUUGUGCCUCUGCAUCCUUAUUCCUGAUUUGGUAUAUCUAUAAAUAUUGAGAUCACUUCAUCAACAAAUGUUCAUGUUCAAGGUUGAUUCAUUGAUUUUAGAUGCGCUAUUUAUUAAAGCCACACGUCAAUUGUGUCGUUCAGUCGCACACACACCUCUUAUUAUGCCUGUGUGCUAUUACCAGUGUUGAGUAGCCUUACCUAUCAAUUAUAAUAAUCAUAGCUGCCUGCUGUCUGGCCGUUCCGAACUACCGGCACGACGACGACGACUCCAUCAAAACACAUCAUUCCACACUGCCAUCAGCACAGAAAUCAAGAGUAAUAAUAGAAUUAUGACAGAAAUAACCGUCUGAGAAUUUGAGAUGUGCAUGGUUAUUUGUAUAGCCGAAUGGACAUUAGUAUUCAAAUACUUGUGUGUGUAUUUAUUUUUGUUUAUUUUGACACUGAAAAGUUUUAAAAAAUUGUUCGAUUCUAGUUAUUUUAACUUGAUUGAAGCAGGGAGUCACCAUUGAGACCAGGGUCUCUUUCACAAGGGAGCCCUACAUAUAUAAUUUAAUAUUAAAUACCAUAUAAAACAAAUAAAAUACAGCACAACACAAUUGUUCAAGAAAAACAAUGACAUUCCUCAAUUAGAAGGUCCCCAAUCAAUAUUUAAAAUUGCCCGAGCUGUACCAGAUCAUCCAGUUGUAAUGUAUUUUGUGGUUGGUUCCAGCAAUGAGGUGUUUUAAAAAUGUUUAAAGCACAUUUACCUAGUUCGGUGGAGACCCAAGGAACCUCAAGCGUUGUGAACGGGUUUGGUAUCUCAUGUUUUUAUAUUUUAACAGCAAAGUUAGGUAAGACGGAAACUUCUGUAUGAGAUUUUUGUAAACAAAAAGGGAAUAGUGAAGUGAUCGAAGGGACUUUAAUAGUCCAACUCGACGUGUCCCCCCCAAAAAAAAAUGGUCGUGUGCAGUUUGGAUGCUGGAAUUACAGUGCCUUCGGAAAGUUUUCAGACACCUUGACUUUUUUCACAUUUUGUUACGUUACAGCCUUAUUCUAAAAUUGAUUUAUUUUAUUUUUAUAUCCUCAACAGUCUGCACACAAUACCCCAUAAUGACAAAGCGAAAACAGGUUUUUAGAAAUGUUUGCACAUUUUAUAAAAAAUGGGAAAAUGAAAUGUCACAUUUACAUAAAUAUUCAGACCCUUUGCUAUGAGACUAGAAAUUGAGCUCAGGUGCAUCGUGUUUUCAUUGAUCAUCCUUGAGAUGUUUCUACAACUUGAUUGGAGUCCACAUGUGGUAAAUUCAAUUGAUUGGACAUGAUUUGGAAAGGCACACACAUGUCUAAAUAGGGUCCCACAGUAGACAGUGCAUGUCAGAGCAAAAACCAAGCCAUGAGGUAGAAGGAAUUGUCCGUAGAGCUCAGAGACGGGAUUGUGUCGAGGCACAGAUCUGGGGUAGGGUACCAAAAAAUUUCUGCAGCAUUGAAGGUCCCCAAGAUCACAGUGGCUGCCAUCAUUCUUAAAUGGAAGAAGUUUGGAACCACCAAGACUCAUCCCUGAGUUGGCCGCCCGGUCAAUCUGAGCAAUCAGGGGAGAAGGGCCUUGGUCAGGGAGGUGAUCACUCUGACUGAGUUUCAAGCUGACAGAGCUUGAGAGGAUCUGCAGAGAAGAAUGGGAGAAACUCCCCAAAUACAUGUGUGCCAAGCUUGUAGCGUCAUACCCAAGAAGACUCGAGGCUGUAAUUGCUGCCAAAGGUGCUUCAACAAAGUACAGAGUAAAGGGUCUGAAUACUUACGUAAAUGUAAUUGCAUUUUUAUUUAUUGUAUUUUUUUAGCAAAUGUUUUUUGCUUUGUCAUUAGGAGGUAUUGUGUGUAGAUUGAUUGGGAAAAAAACUAACAAUUUAAUCCAUUUUAGAAUAAGGUUGUAACCUAACAAUAAUAUUAAUAUAAUAACAUGCCAUUUAGCAGACGCUUUUAUCCAAAGCGAUUUACAGUCAUGUGUGCAUACAUUUUUGUGCAUGGGUGGUCCCGGGGAUCGAACCCACUACCCUGGCGUUACAAGCGCCGUGCUCUACCAGCUGAGCUACAGAGGACCACAAAAUGUGGAAAAAGUCUGAAUGCUUUCCGAAAGCGCUGUGUAGUGGAUGAACAUGCCUACAGGAGACUUUUGAAGUAGCCUUUAAUCAGAUUAAAACAUUGUGACUGGUCGUGUUUAUGCCACACAUAAAAGGUAAUACAUUAAAAAAGUUAAAUCACAAAUAUUUAGGGUUAUAUUGACGUUUCGAGGUCGAGGAAUCGCCACUUGGAUAGGAAAGGAGGCGUGUUAAGAAGCUUUCCUGAAUAACUGGGCCUGCUUGGAGCAUAGGACUAUGCAUUUACAUUUACAUUUUAGUCAUUUAGCAGACGCUCUUAUCCAGAGCGACUUACAGGAGCAAUUAGGGUUAAGUGCCUUGCUUAAGGGCACAUCGACAGAUUUUUCACAUAGUCGGCUCGGGGAUUAGAACCAGCGACCUUUCGGUUACUGGCACAACGCUCUUACCCACUAAGCUACCUGCCGCCCAUGGGAGAAUGAUGAUCCGUAUCAGAAGUAAAAAUACAGCCAGACCGUCCUAUACUGUACCUUUUUCUAGACUUUAUAAUCUGUCUAAAGUAGAUCCCCAACUGACCCAAAUGGAAUGAAACAUUCAAAUAACAGGGCUUUUGCGCCAUUAUUCAAAUGCCAUUUUUACUGCAGUUUACAGCCUAGAGUAGAAUUGUACUCACUUGAAACAAUAAUGCAAUAUUCAUUGCAUUGUGGUGUUGUAGGCUAGUCUAGGUAGUACUCACUUGAAACAAUAAUGCAAUAUUCAUUGCAUUGUGGUGUUGUAGGCUAGUCUAGGUAGGAUAAUUGUAUUGUCCCCAAGGCCAUACAAAUGUAAUUACCUGUAUAACAAAUAACACCUUAAAGUGUACAAAACCUAGUGACCUCACCAAGAGAUUUUAGCCUUUUGGUAUUCCCACUUCUGACACCAAUGUAGCAGGACCAGGAAGUGAGACCGGGUCACUGGCGUGAAAGGCAAACACCCUAUGCAUCGUGCCAAUAGGGUUAACCCACUUGGUAGGAAUUGUAUCAUGGCUCAUAUAGCGAUGAUUGUGACAGUAUAAUGGUUUAGGAAUGACAGUCCACAGGGACUAGGGUUUGAUGCCCACUCCUAAUGACAGUCACAGGGACUAGGGUUUGAUUCCCACUCCUAAUGACAGUCACAGGGACUAGGGUUUGAUGCCCACUCCUAAUGACAGUCCACAGGGACUAGGGUUUGAUGCCCACUCCUAAUGACAGUCACAGGGACUAGGGUUUGAUGCCCACUCCUAAUGACAGUCACAGGGACUAGGGUUUGAUGCCCACUCCUAAUGACAGUCCACAGGGACUAGGGUUUGAUGCCCACUCCUAAUGACAGUCACAGGGACUAGGGUUUGAUGCCCACUCCUAAUGACAGUCCACAGGGACUAGGGUUUGAUGCCCACUCCUAAUGACAGUCACAGGGACUAGGGUUUGAUGCCCACUCCUAAUGACAGUCCACAGGGACUAGGGUUUGAUGCCCACUCCUAAUGACAGUCACAGGGACUAGGGUUUGAUGCCCACUCCUAAUGACAGUCACAGGGACUAGGGUUUGAUGCCCACUCCUAAUGACGGUCACAGGGACUAGGGUUUGAUGCCCACUCCUAAUGACAGUCCACAGGGACUAGGGUUUGAUGCCCACUCCUAAUGACAGUCACAGGGACUAGGGUUUGAUGCCCACUCCUAAUGAUAGUCACAGGGACUAGGGUUUGAUGCCCACUCCUAAUGACAGUCACAGGGACUAGGGUUUGAUGCCCACUCCUAAUGACAGUCACAGGGACUAGGGUUUGAUGCCCACUCCUAAUGACAGUCCACAGGGACUAGGGUUUGAUGCCCACUCCUAAUGACAGUCACAGGGACUAGGGUUUGAUGCCCACUCCUAAUGACAGUCCACAGGGACUAGGGUUUGAUGCCCACUCCUAAUCCACUACAUUGGUGUCAGGUGUUGAAGAGCACCAUUUUGAAAGCAUGUCCCAGCUAAGUUUUAGUCCCAGUUCAUUUGUUUUAGGCUAGCGGUGCUCCUGUCAGGUUUCUGUACUGCACAUAUGAUUGCAGAGUAUGCUGAACAAAGGUGCACCUGAUUUGAUACAAAUCAUCAUGAUGUCAUUCUGCCAGGUAAGCCUACUUUGCAGUCAACAUUUAAUUGGAAAAGUUUUUUUGGGGAAAAACUUUUGAAAAUGACUUUCAGCAUGCAUCGCAUAUUUUAUAGAGCCGAUAGGCUAUAAACAGUGAGGGGGAAAAAAGUAUUUGAUCCCCUGCUGAUUUUGUACGUUUGCCCACUGACACAGAAAUGAUAAGUCUAUAAUUUUAAUGGUAGGUUUAUUUGAACAGUGAGAGACAGAAUAACAACAACAAAAUCCAGAAAAACGCAUGUCAAAAAUGUUAUAAAUUGAUUUGCAUUUUAAUGAGGGAAAUAAGUAUUUGACCCCCUCUCAAUCAGAAAGAUUUCUGGCUCCCAGGUGUCUUUUAUACAGGUAACGAGCUGAGAUUAGGAGCACACUCUUAAAGGGAGUGCUCCUAAUCUCAGUUUGUUACCUGUAUAAAAGACACCUGUCCACAGAAGCAAUCAAUCAAUCAGAUUCCAAACUCUCCACCAUGGCCAAGACCAAAGAGCUCUCCAGGGAUGUCAGGGACAAGAUUGUUGACCUACACAAGUCUGGAAUGGGCUACAAGACCAUUGCCAAGCAGCUUGGUGAGAAGGUGACAACAGUUGGUGCGAUUUUAUUCGCGAAUGGAAGAAACACAAAAUAACUGUCAAUCUCCCUCGGCCUGGGGCUCCAUGCAAGAUCUCACCUCGUGGAGUUGCAAUGAUCAUGAGAACGGUGAGGAAUCAGCCCAGAACUACACAGGAGGAUCUUGUCAAUGAUCUCAAGGCAGCUGGGACCAUAGUCACCAAGAAAACAAUUGGUAAAACACAACGCCAUGAAGGACUGAAAUCCUGCAGCACCCGCAAGGUCCCCCUGCUCAAGAAAGCACAUAUACAGGGCCGUCUGAAGUUUGCCAAUGAACAUCUGAAUAAUUCAGAGGAGAACUGUGUGAAAGUGUUGUGGUCAGAUGAGACCAAAAUCGAGCUCUUUGGCAUCAACUCAACUCGCCGUGUUUGGAGGAGGAAUGCUGCCUAUGACCCCAAGAACACCAUCCCCACCGUCAAACAUGGAGGUGGAAACAUUAUGCUUUGGGGGUGUUUUUCUGCUAAGGGGGCAACUUCACCGCAUCAAAGGGACGAUGGACGGGGCCAUGUACCGUCAAAUCUUGUGUGAGAACCUCCUUCCCUCAGCCAAGGCAUUGAAAAUGGGUCGUGGAUGGUUUUCCAGCAUGACAAUGACCCAAAACACACGGCCAAGGCAACAAAGGAGUGGCUCAAGAAGAAGCACAUUAAGGUCCUGGAGUGGCCUAGCCAGUCUCCAGACCUUAAUCCCAUAGAAAAUCUGUGGAGGGAGCUGAAGGUUCGAGUUGCCAAACGUCAGCCUCGAAACCUUAAUGACUUGGAGAAGAUCUGCAAAGAGGAGUGGACAAAAUCCCUCCUGAGAUGUGUGCAAAACCUGGUGGCCAACUACAAGAAACAUCUGACCUCUGUGAUUGCCAACAAGGGUUUUGCCACCAAGUACUAAUUCAUGUUUUGCAGAGGGGUCAAAUACUUAUUUCCCUCAUUUAAAAUGCAAAUCAAUUAAUAACAUUUUUGACAUACGUUUUUCUGGAUUUUUUUGUUGUUAUUCUGUCUCUCACUGUUCAAAUAGACCUACGAUUAAAAUGAUAGACUGAUCAUGUCUUUGUCAGUGGGCAAACGUACAAAAUCAGCAGGGGAUCAAAUACUUUUUUCCCUCACUGUAUGCACAUAGCAACAUGGUCUAGGUAAAUGCGUCAAUUCAACAGAGCACUGAUGUUUCAGAACCAUGGCCAGCGACCACUAUCCAACGCGGGAGAAAGAGCAUUUGUUAUAAAAUAGUAGUUUCAUUUGUGUUGCACCAUUGUUCUUACAUAAUAUAACCAUAUACAAUUUCAGUAGAAACUGUGCCAUCCCCACGGCCUCCACAAUGGAUCAGUCCACUCACAGGCACGAAUCAGAUUUUUUAUUUCUUAUUUUUUUGCUACUGCUUGACUAAAGCAAUCUUGGUCGACCAACAGCCUAUCGACCAAACAAUCGACCAGUCGACUAAAUUGAGUCAGCCCUAGUUAUUACACAGGUGCACCUUGUGCUGGGGACAAUAAAAGGCCACUCUAAAAUGUACUGUUUUCACAAUGCCACAAAUGUCUCAAGUUUUGAGGGAGCGUGCAAUUGUCAUGCUGACUGCAGUAAUGUUCACCUGAGAAUUGAAUGUUAAUUUCUCUUCCAUCGUUUUAUAGAAUUUGGCAGUACGUCCAAACGGCCUCACAACCGCAGACCACGUGUAACAACGACAGCCCAGGACAUCCGGCUUCUUAACCUGCGGUAUCGUCUGAGACCAGCCACCCGGACAGCUGAAUUAACUGGGUUUGUGCAGAAAUUCUUCCGUUGUGCAAACUGUCAGAAACCGUCUAUGGGAAGCUCAUCUGCGUGCUCGUCAUCCUUACCAGGGUCUUGACCUGACUGCAGUUUGGCGUCGUAACCAACUUCUUAAGUGGGCAACUGCUGACCUUCGAUGGUCAUUGGCACGCUGGAGAUGUGUGCUCUUCACGGAUGAAUCCCGGUUUCAACUGUACUGGGCAGAUGGCGUUGUGUGGGCGAACGGUUUGCUGAUUCAAUGUUGUGAACAGAGUACCGCAUGGUGGGGUUAUGGCAUGGGCAGGUAUAAGCUACUGACAACGAACACAAUUGCAUUUGAUCGAUGGUAAUUUGAAUUCAGAGAUGCCGUGACGAGAUCCUGAGGCCCAUUGUCGUUCCAUUCAUCCGCCACCAUCACCUCAUGAUUCAGCAUGAUAAUGCACGGCCUCAUGUCGCAAGGAUCUGCACACAAUGUCCCAGUUCUUCCAUUCCCUGCAUACUCCCCAGACAUGUCACCCGUUGAGCAUGUUUGGGAUGCUCUGGAUCGACGUGUACGGCAGCGUGUUCCAGUUCCCGCCAAUAUCCAGCAACUUCUUCCCGCCAAUAUCCAGCAACUUCGCACAGCCUUUGAAGAGGAGUGGGACAACAUUCCACAGGCCACAAUCGACAGCCCGAUCAACUCUAUGCGAAGGAGAUGUCACGCUACAUGAGGCAAAUGGUUUUCUGAUCCAUGCCCCUACUUUUUUAAAGGUAUCUGUUACCAACAGAUGCAUAUCUGUAUUCCCAGUCAUGUGAAAUCCAUAGAUUAGGGGCUAAUGAAUGUAUUUCAAUUGACUGAUUUCCUUUAUAUAUGAACUGUUGCUCAUAAAAAUCUUAGAAAUUGUUGCAUGUUAAGUAUAUGUUAUCUGGAUAUUCAUUUAAAAAAUGGAUGAUACUAUUCGAAUAGUGAAAUUAUUUCAAACCCCCAUCCCUACUGAGAAUGCACUAUAGGUGGAGGAGCCCCAGAAUCAUCCUGUUUAAAGGAUCAACCUAGGUUAGCCGAUACCGGUUUUAGCGGAGGUGUUUGAAUGGACGUAUUCCAGCUACACUAAGUGUUUUGGUUCUGGCAUUGCUGUCUGUAUAGUGAAAUGUAUGUGUUGUACACAACAGAUGGCUUCUGCCCACACAGUGUAGUGGCCCUGUUUUCUCCAACUCUGCCGUUGCACAACGUAAGCCCACCUCUGACCUUUUUAAAAAAAAAAAGUGUUUGCCGAAAGCCUUGGACUAGGGAGCACGCUGUGCCAGGACAUUAAUACAAGGCAGUGGUUCUCAAAUCGUCUCCUUGAGGACCCCCCAGAUGUUUCGCAAUUUUGUUGUAGCCCUGAACUAGCUCACCUUAUUGACCUAGUCAAAGGCUUGAUGAUUAGUUGACAAGUUGAAUCGGGUGUGCAACCUCUCAAAACACAUGGCGUGGCUGGGGGUCCCCGAGGAGAGGUUUAAGAACCACUGGACCAGUGAGCGUGCCGUUCUAGGCCUUUAAUACACUUCUUCACCCCAAACUUGACCCUUUUUUUGAUUAUUUUUCCUAGCUUCCCCAAGCGAUGUUUACAAAGAUUGCUGCCCAUAGUGAGUCAUGGAAGGAGCACUUUUCUGCUCUCUUUCUGCUUGUUUCCUCACUGUUAGAGAUAAAAUACAGGCUAUUGAGUAGCCAACACAGCCUUUAUCAUAGUCUUGUGAUCAAAACAACAUUUUCCAGCAGCUUUCGGGUUUGAGAAGCUUAUCUUCCGUCACUAUUGAUACAGAUAGAGCCUCGAGUCAACAUGGGUCAUCCUUUAGGCAUGUGCUAUAACGACCUGUGAAUAACUAAUGACUUGGUGAAGAAACUCAUGACACAGACACGCUUUAUCAUAUGAGUAUAUGAGCCAUGCUAUUCCGUUGGUCAUAGCUUUCAUAUAUUGGAUGCCUUUUCGACGACAAGGACCAAGGAACCAAGACCAGGUCAAUGGAGCACUGGUGUGUGGGUAUUCUGGGUAUUGUAGUUUACCUGUCCUUUUGUACCCAGCACUGUGGUCAAAUGGGUGUACUAUUAGUCUCAUCAUGCUAUCUCAACCAAAGGCCCAUUCACCCGGAACCUUCUCCACAUACAGCUGGUUUGGAAUGAUCUGAUAUUUACACAUUCAGAUGGAACAAUUGUAAAGAAUAUGUUGAUAUGUUGAUAGUUGCCAAGUAGAUGAACUCCUAUGCUUUAUGAAUAGUUCAUGUCUACUGUGGCGUGUCCAACCAGAGAAGAUGGGCCAGAGCUGAUUUUUGUGUCGAACUCUUUAAAAUCCUUUAACUCAUUUAACUCUCUCCCCUCCCUUUCUACCCCCCCCCCGCAGUGCCGACGGUGAAGCCGGUUACCCUGGGGCCUGUGGCGCUGGCGGAAGUGAUCGCUGGGCCUGUGUGCGUGCUGUGCUUCGUGCUGGUGCUGGUCUUCUACAUCUGCCACAGCCGGGUGGGUGUGCAUCACCGUGUGCCCAACGAGGAGGACCCCACCAUGGAUCACCCCUUCCUCACUGUGGGCUCCACCCUCAAAGACCUCAUCUACGACAUGACCACCUCUGGCUCCGGUUCUGGUAGGUUAGGUAGCCGUGGGGUUGGGGGGCUCUGCUCGUGCAGGACCGCUAAUGUUUUAUAUUAAGUUUCUGUUUGUCUGUUUUGUAUGUGCUGUAUUAGUAACAUAGCCUAAAGGUGUGUCUUAUCUGCUAAGGCGUGGCUUCUUGUGUUGUGUUGCUUCUUUGUUUUAUCUUUUUGUGUGUGCAAUUGUAUCAGAGUGUACUAAUGUUCAGUGCGUGCGCUUACCAGCAUGCGUCUCUGUGUGAAUGUGUGAAUAACUCUGCCAGAGAGUGUAGCUACAGCACAGUGCUUAGAGAUACCCAGCUGUGACAUGAUGGGGCAGAUAGAGCUAGUGACUCCCUCCCUCAGUGACUGUGUAGUGAAAGCAGCAGUUAUCUUAUCGGUCCAUCUCUGGCUCAGAUGGGCUCAGCCUCUGCCAUGGUACAAUGGGAGCAGAGCUGUGCGGGCGUCUAAUGACAGGGUGGCGUUAUCAGAGCGGGGCUCUAAUGACAGGAUGGCGUUAUUGCCGCUGUGCAGGGCUCUAAUGACAGGGUGGUGUUAUCAGAGCUUGGCUCUAAUGACGGUGGUGUUAUCAGAGCUUGGCUCUAAUGACGGUGGUGUUAUCAGAGCUGGGCUCUAAUGACGGUGGUGUUAUCAGAGCUGGGCUCUAAUGACGGUGGUGUUAUCAGAGCUGGGCUCUAAUGACAGGGUGGUGUUAUCGGAGCGGGGCUCUAAUGACAGGAUGGCGUUAUUGCCGCUGUGCAGGGCUCUAAUGACAGGGUGGUGUUAUCAGAGCUUGGCUCUAAUGACGGUGGUGUUAUCAGAGCUGGGCUCUAAUGACGGUGGUGUUAUCAGAGCGGGGCUCUAAUGACAGGGUGGUGUUAUCGGAGCGGGGCUGUAAUGACGGUGGCCUUAUAUGGAGCGGUUCGUGGCUGUAUUGACAGGGUGGCGUUAUUGGAGCGAUUCGUGGCUGUAUUGACAGGGUGGCGUUAUUGGAGCGGUUCGUGGCUGUAUUGACAGGGUGGCGUUAUUGGAGCGGUUCGUGGCUGUAUUGACAGGGUGGCGUUAUUGGAGCGGUUCGUGGCUGUAUUGACAGGGUGGCGUUAUUGGAGCGGUUCGUGGCUGUAUUGACAGGGUGGCGUUAUUGGAGCGGUUCGUGGCUGUAUUGACAGGGUGGUGUUAUUGGAGCGGUUCGUGGCUGUAUUGACAGGGUGGUGUUAUUGGAGCGGUUCGUGGCUGUAUUGACAGGGUGGCGUUAUUGGAGCGGUUCGUGGCUGUAUUGACAGGGUGGCGUUAUUGGAGCGGUUUGUGGCUGUAUUGACAGGGUGGCGUUAUUGGAGCGGUUCGUGGCUGUAUUGACAGGGUGGCGUUAUUGGAGCGGUUCGUGGCUGUAUUGACAGGGUGGCGUUAUUGGAGCGGUUCGUGGCUGUAUUGACAGGGUGACGUUAUUGGAGCGGUUCGUGGCUGUAUUGACAGGGUGGCGUUAUUGGAGCGGUUCGUGGCUGUAUUGACAGGGUGGCGUUAUUGGAGCGGUUCGUGGCUGUAUUGACAGGGUGACGUUAUUGGAGCGGUUCGUGGCUGUAUUGACAGGGUGACGUUAUUGGAGCGGUUCGUGGCUGUAUUGACAGGGUGGCGUUAUUGGAGCGGUUCGUGGCUGUAUUGACAGGGUGACGUUAUUGGAGCGGUUCGUGGCUGUAUUGACAGGGUGGCGUUAUUGGAGCGGUUCGUGGCUGUAUUGACAGGGUGGCGCUGACAGAGCUGCUGUAAAACUUCUCUCACCCCCAGGCGCCAGCCCUGCCAGCCAGGAGACGUGGUGUGAGAACUGGCACACGGAAAGGACACAGUGUCAUCUCGUUCCGACCAGAAAUGAACAGCUCACCAUCAGGACUGGCAUGUAAACCCACACCUCUAGGCUACCUGGUUUUUAAUUCAGAAUCAUCUUCCUGGGAAUGUUUAGUGGGGAAAAGUGUAAAUAAAUAUUUGGAUGAUUUUCCAGUAUGGGGCAAAGUGGAUUUCUGCGCGGUAUCAAGAGAUGUCAGAUCUGGUGGUAUCAAGAGAUGUCAGAUCUGGUGGUAUCAAGAGAUGUCAGAUCUGGUGGUAUCAAGAGAUGUCAGAUCUGGUGGUAUCAAGAGAUGUCAGAUCUGGUGGUAUCAAGAGAUGUCAGAUAUGGUGGUAUCAAGAGAUGUCAGAUCUGGCAGACUGACUAAGUCCACACCAACCCUAUCAAUGUUUCCUUGUUUCGGGCUUUUAGAUUUGGAUUUCAUUGUGACAGUAGGAUCAUAAAGGUUGACCCAGCUCAAUGUUUUGCUCUUUAUCGAGGCAGGUAGAUCAAUCCACAGACUGCCUGGAUUUUGUCGACAUUAAGGUGGAGAGGGAGAGUGAGUGGGUUUAAGGUUUAAAUGUCUUUAUAUUGUCUGAAAAGACGUAGCACAGCCAUUUACUUUGAUAACUUUUUAAACUGCCGUUUGUUCCAGGUAAUUUUCAUGUCUUCCUUUGGAUUGAGUCUUUGCUGGUGUUUCUAUGAACUGUACAUUGCAGAGCAAGACCAGUUUUUCUAAAACACCUUCCUCUUCCUCCACCUCCUCUUCCUUCUCUUUAUCUUCCCCUCUUCUUCCUCCUCUUCCUCACCUUCCUCCUCCUCUUCCUCCCAGGUCUGCCCUUGCUGGUACAGAGGACCAUAGCCCGGACCAUCAUCCUCCAGGAGAGCAUCGGGAAGGGCCGCUUCGGCGAGGUGUGGCGGGGCAAGUGGCGAGGCGAGGAGGUGGCAGUCAAGAUAUUCUCCUCCCGUGAGGAGCGUUCGUGGUUCCGCGAGGCCGAGAUCUACCAGACGGUCAUGCUGCGUCACGAAAACAUUCUGGGCUUCAUCGCCGCCGACAACAAAGGUGCAACCAAUCACAGCUCACCUCUAAAGCGUCAAAUCACUUUUGUAGGGGUGCAUUUAUUGGCUAGGACCUCUUUUUCCUUAAGGUCUGUCGUACCCCUCUAUCAGUGAUCUAGGUGAGGGCUCUGGUCUGUCGUACCCCUCUAUCAGUGAUCUAGGUGAGGGCUCUGGUCUGUCGUACCCCUCUAUCAGUGAUCUAGGUGAGGGCUCUGGUCUGUCGUACCCCUCUAUCAGUGAUCUAGGUGAGGGCUCUGGUCUGUCGUACCCCUCUAUCAGUGAUCUAGGUGAGGACUUGGGUCAAUCACUGACAUUGGACCUCCAGGUUUAGAUAGGAGUACCCCUGAUGGAUUGAGUUGGCACACCUGAUUACCCUGAGAGACAUCACAGCCUCUGGUUAAAAAAAACAAGAAGGAAAAGUAGCAAGGUUUGCACGGCUGCAAUGUAUUGCUUGGCUGAACCUGAUGUAGUUUAUCGGACAGUUCAACAUUUUCAUGCUUAACAUGUGAACUGUUUGAAUUGACAGUUACAUAAACAUGCCCUAGCGACGCAUAUUAAUCUGACUUUUUCCCUUUAUCUGACUUUUAUUAGUUUACAGCAUUCAAACCGGUUUUUCAGUUUAUAUCAGACACAAGGUCUCUUCUUACUGAGCCAUACUUGUGUGUCAGUAAGGUGGACUGGACUGGUGCGUCAGUAAGGUGGACUGGACUGGUGUGUCAGUAAGGUGGACUGGACUGGUGCGUCAGUAAGGUGGACUGGACUGGUGUGUCAGUAAGGUGGACUGGACUGGUGCGUCAGUAAGGUGGACUGGACUGGUGCGUCAGUAAGGUGGACUGGACUGGUGCGUCAGUAAGGUGGACUGGACUGGUGCGUCAGUAAGGUGGACUGGACUGGUGCGUCAGUAAGGUGGACUGGACUGGUGUGUCAGUAAGGUGGACUGGACUGGUGCGUCAGUAAGGUGGACUGGACUGGUGCGUCAGUAAGGUGGACUGGACUGGUGCGUCAGUAAGGUGGACUGGACUGGUGCGUCAGUAAGGUGGACUGGACUGGUGCGUCAGUAAGGUGGACUGGACUGGUGCGUCAGUAAGGUGGACUGGACUGGUGUGUCAGUAAGGUGGACUGGACUGGUGUGUCAGUAAGGUGGACUGGACUGGUGCGUCAGUAAGGUGGACUGGACUGGUGCGUCAGUAAGGUGGACUGGACUGGUGCGUCAGUAAGGUGGACUGGACUGGUGUAGGCUUGUAAGGGUUUGAUAACCAUGAGAAGAGUCAUAACAGCAUAUUUGGAUGCAGUUCAGUGAUCUCCGUGCAGAAACCCUGCUAGAGAGCCGGGGUAAUAGUUGUCCAGCUGUUCUGAGCUCUCUCUGGCCAUCUGGAGGUAACAUCACAUUGCUCUGAGGAGAACCAACUCACUGUGUUCAUUAACCUCUCUCUCCUCUCUCUCUCUCGCUCUGUUUUUCUCUCCAUCACUCCAAUUACUCAACUUUUUGUCUUUGUACAAAUCUCACCCUUUGCUCUGCUCCGCGCUCUCUCUUUCUCUUUCAUUCUUUCUCUCUUUCUCUCUCCCUCUCUCUCUCUCCCUCCCCUCCCCCUCUCUCUCUCUCUCUCUCCCUCCCCUCCCCCUCUCUCUCUCUCUCUCUCUCUCCCCCUCUCUCUCUCUCUCUCUCUCCCCCUCCCUCUCGCUCUCUCUCUCCCUCUCUCUUUCUCUCUCUUUCUCUCCCUCUCUCUUUCUCUCUAACCCCCUCCCCCCAGAUAACGGGACAUGGACCCAGCUGUGGCUGGUGUCAGACUUCCACGAGCAUGGCUCUCUGUUUGACUACCUGAACCGCUACACGGUCACUGUGGAGGGCAUGAUCAAAUUGUCACUGUCCACCGCCAGCGGCCUGGCCCACCUCCACAUGGAGAUCGUUGGCACGCAAGGUGAGUGACAGUCGCGUUGACCAAUCAUUCAGUGGGGACAGCAACGCCCACCAAUCAGCGCCUGAGGACUUUGUUUGU